CGCAACCUCCACCAACCCAACCAAACCAGAUUGAAAUCUCCGUCAAGUUCAAUGCAAUUGCUACAUUUUACACCUGUCUCCACCAUCCGAUCUCAAUCUUAACCGACACGUGCCAGUCCUCUCCUUAAAGAUCAACCGCCCGAACCCACAAAAAAAAAAAAAAAGGAAGCAAAUCUGGUCCAUAGUACUGAUAUUUAUUUCAUAUUUUAAAAGUAGUUGCGAGAAGUGAAACAUCAAAAACGCUUCAAAAACCUUCUCUCUCUCUCUCUCUCUCUCUCUCUGGGUUUUGUGGAGGCUGUGAAUGUGUGUGUGUGAUUUUCAUCUCUCAUGGCGGCCUCAAAGCUCGUGAUUUUCUCAAUCUUUAUAGCCCUAAUUUUCACUCACAUUAGGGCUGAUGUUUCAAUCGAAGGAGAACUAUCGGACAGUGAAGAAGAGAACGCUAAAGUCAUCAGAUCGGAUGGCCCUGAUUCCUCUGCUUUGAAGAUCGAAUUGGACCAACUCAAGUCCAAGAUCCAAGCUCUUCAGUCCCAUGUUGAUGAGAAAUCCAAAGAAUUGAAAUCAAAGGAAGAGAUUAUUGUGGCGAAGGAAAAAGUCAUUCAAGAAAAGUUAGAUAGCAUCGCGUUGUUGCAGAGUGAGGUUGCUUCCCUCCAGAAAAAAGGAACGAUAGAUGUCGAGGAGCGGGUUGGAAAGGCUCAUGCACGGGCAGGUGAAUUAGAGAAGCAGGUUGACAAACUUAAAAAGGAGCUAGAAACGCGAAAUGAGAAGAAGGAGGACUUCGAAGCACGGGUAAAUGAAGCUGAGAAGAAAGUUAAAGAAUUGAGUUCGAAACUAGAGAAUCUCCAAAAGACUAAUGAUGAACAGAAGAGCAAGAUUCGGAAAUUUGAACGUGCUUUAAAAAUUGCUGAGGAGGAAAUGAUUAAGGCAAAGUUUGAGGCCACUUCAAAAUCUAAAGAAUUAUCGGAGGUUCAUGGUGCAUGGUUCCCACAUUGGCUUGCUGUACAUUUAAUCCGUUGUCAGUCCUCCAUGGAGACUCAUUGGAAUGAGCAUGGCAAACCGGCCAUGGAUAUUGUGUUCCAGAAGGUCCUGGAGAAAAAGGUCCAAGCUGAAAAGUGGGCUGAACCUCACGUGGAAACAGUUAAAACUAAAUGGAUCCCAACUUUAAAGGAGCAGUGGGUAGUGGCAAAAACGAAUGCUGAACCACAUGUGCAGUCACUAAGCAAGAAAACUAUUGAAGUUUUUGAGGCAUCAAAGAGUGCAGUAACUCCACAUGUUGUCAGAGUGCUUGAAUUUAUUGAUCCUUACUUUCAGGAAGCUAAAAAGUUCAGCAAACCAUAUAUUGAUCAGAUUGCAACGGUGACAAAACCUCAUGUUGAUACAGUACGAGUUGCUAUAAAGCCCUAUACAAAAAAAGUGGUUCAUGCUUAUGGGAAGUUUUUGAAAUCUGCAACUACUUACCAUCAUCAGAUUCAAGCCACCGUACAAGAGACGUUGAAAAGGCAUGAGCUAACAAGACCUCUUGCUACUAGAGAGUUGGAGUGGUUUGUGGCCUCUGCUCUGUUGGCCCUGCCCAUCAUCAUACUGUUCAGAAUUGGCUCUGCCAUUUUCUGCAAAAAGGCAAAGAAACCUACUCGAAAUGGUCAUACCAACCAUGCGCGUCGUAAGGCUAAACGUGGCCAUCCAGACAAGUAGACUACGCAAAGUCAUCCAAUGGUCCUUUUCUGUAUUUGUUUCUGGUGGGGGGAGGGGACUAUCUAAGGCUAGAGAUGCUCUCAUUGCAUGGGCUCUCUGGGGCUAACUCUCUCCUCUCCUCUGAACUUAGAUGUUGUUUUUGAAGAUCCUAUCCGACAGUGGACUCCGAUAAUUUUGAAGAUCACCCUUUUAAUCUAUUUUAAUUUUAUUUUAUUUUAUUUUUUUUUUGUGAAGAAAUUUUUAGAACUUUUGUCACAAUUGAUAGUUAGAUUUUUAAGAAUUAUAUAAGUUCACGUACCACGGGCAGUGUGUUAUUUAUGUUGAUAGCAGUGUAACCUUGUUAGUAUUUUAUUAUUAUCAUAAUUUAAAUUCUUCCAAGUUCAAAGAUC